UAAGGCAUACACCUACGAUGAGCAAUGAAGAAAGAAUCACGACAUGGCUUUCUAAUUAUGGCAAAGACAAUAAUUUGAGUAAAGAACAUGAGCCUAUAAAUAAUGAUUUGGAAGAUUCGCAUGAAAUCGUCGAUUUAACCUGUUAUGAGGUAUCAGGGAAUGAUGAUUCCACUACCAGUAAGAACAUGCUUGAUAAUACUACUCGGUAUAUCAAUGGAUCACAGUUUUUAAAUGGACUAAGGAACGUUUCAAUUAGUGAUCAGGAACCCGAGGGGACUCCAGUGGACACAUACUCUUUUUCUAUAAAAGACAAUAUGCUAGAAAACUAUUCGUCACCAUACCUCAAAGUUUCUCAGAAUUCUUCCACCAUCCAAAAACUCGUACGUAACAUAAGGGAUAGUAAAUAUCCGCCUGCGAAUAAUUCUUUAGACAAUUCGAUUAGUUUUGAUCAUUCAACUGGCUUUUAUAACAAUUUUAAAAACCUUGAUUUUUCGGUUGAGGACACCUCGAGAAAUAAUGAAGCAGAUGUCCUUUCGGAUGAUCAGAGCAUUUUUAAUCCUGCGCAUUUCACAGAUUCAUUUUCUGCUUCAAGAUCUAUUGAGGAUUUCUUGUUAUUGAGAGGAAAGAUGAUUUCCGGUAAGCGCCAAGAAAUCGAGCCCAGCAAAUUGAAAUUUUCAAUUAGAAACAAUGAUGAACAACAAUCUAAAGUUCCCAGCAUCAGUAAUACUCCUUGUCUUUAUACUAAUGAAAAUGUGAUUCCAGAUGAUCGACAUAGUCAGCAGUUGGUUCCUUCAAUUGGGCCCCAGUUUAAAAUAAAUGACAGUAGCGGUCACCAAAAUUUAUCUGGUUCCAUGACAAAGGAUAUUAUCGAUACGUUACCGAUGCCCAUGAAUGUACACAAGUAUAUUAUUUCGGUUCGAAUGUUGGCGAACCGCGGCUUUUUAACUUCCUCAAGGGGUGUCAACUGCAAAUUGGAAUUUGUGGAAAGGGAUUUCGAGUAUAUGAGGCCUUUAUUACUUGAUAUCGAAUCCGAAACGCUUCACGUAGAGUGUGACGUAAUAUUAGAUGAAAAUACCGGUAUUAUCUUCUACCCUCUUAAUUUAAUUUCGCAAGAACAUUCCGUCCCGAAGAUUGCUCGUACUUUGGUGCGCCUUCAUCAAAAAUAUCCCAAUCUUUAUUUGAUACUGGAAAGUUAUACAUGGAAUCACCGACCAUCUAGUAACGAUACAGAAUCGCUCUCACUUCCCUAUUUUUUUACCUUACCUGUGCUGAAAGCUUUGACCGAAUUGCAAAUUAUUUUGACGUGUUGUUUAUACAAUACACAUAUAAUGUUUUCCCCGUGUGAAGAAAUUUCGGCAAGGCUCGUGAGAAUGGUGGGUGAAUUUUGUGCGGCAAAAUGUGACGAAGAAAGUGAGAGAAAGGGAUGGACAAGUAAACAGCAAUGGGAAAGCAGAGAUUGGAUGACUAUGGAAGAAAGUUUGCAUGAAAGAUUUUUGUCAUGCCUUUCUCCACUAAUCAAUCCAUUUACGGCUCAAAUUAUUUUGACCGCUACCACAUUAUCACAAUUUUUCAAAAUGUCGCACCAAGAACGAGUGGCAUUGGUUGGAGGAUGGAUAGAUGAGGCGCGAUUGGAAAAAUUCGACAUUCUAAUUCAUGAAGAGCUCCUAAGUAAUCCUGGAAACGAUACGGAAAAUCUGUUUUCUUCAGAUGGUUUGCCAGUGUUUCCUUCGGAAGAUUUUAAUGAAGCUAAUUUGGAAUAUUUCGAACCUGAAUGGGACACUAGUUAUAGGAUCCCGUAA